AAACUUGGAACGUUCAUAAUUUCAGAUAAAAGAAAAAAAUAUGUGGCGAUUCAUCAUCCUUGGAGUUUUAACAGCAGCAGCGACCGGGCAAUUUCAGGCACAACCAUCCGGUAGAAUUCUUGAACCACCAAUUCCUCCACUCUGCGCUCAAAGAACAAUUCAUGAGAGAUUCAAUGGAAAAGGAUACUAUUAUUCUUGGGCAGAUCCAAGGACAGCUGGUCAAGAAGUUGACUGGUUAUCUGGAAGAAAUUUCUGUAGACAACGAUGCAUGGACCUAAUUUCAUUGGAGACUUAUAAAGAAAAUGAAUUUAUUAAAAGUCGUAUAGUCCAAAAUAAGAUUAAGUAUAUAUGGACUUCUGGACGCUUAUGUGACUUUAAAGGAUGCGAUCGUCCUGAUCUUCAACCAUUAAAUAUAAAUGGGUGGUUUUGGACUGCUGAAUUACAAAAACUUGCGCCUACAACUGAUCGUAAUCAAAACGAUUGGUCUGAAAGUGGAGGUAUUGGUAAGCCUCAACCAGAUAAUCGUGAAGCAAUUCAAGGUGGAGCACCAGAAAAUUGUCUAGCAGUACUUAAUCAAUUCUACAACGAUGGAGUUAAUUGGCACGAUGUCGCUUGUCAUCAUAAGAAACCCUGGGUUUGCGAAGAAAAUGAUUCACUCCUUAAAUACGUUAGAUACACUAAUCCAAAUCUCAGAGUAUAAUCACAAUUAAAUUUUAAAAACAAUAAUAACCCCUUAAUAAUGAUAAUUAUCUAUUUAUAUUAUUUGAACGGCUAAUCAUCAAGGAAACAGCCGCAGAAACUCUCUAUUUAUUUUAUUUAAUUUUAUUAUUAUUAUUUCUUUUUUUAAUUUUCGUAUUCUUAUUAAUAAAUUAAAAUUAUGAUGAAAAAAGAAAAAAUAUAUUAUAUAUAACCACCCCUAAAAGUUUAAGCUCCAAAAAGGUGUUUUUAAAGUUUCGCAUACUUUCGAUUUGAAUAAUCAAAUAGUAACAACGGCAUCAUUUUCCCAGUUAAAAAUUCCUUUGGUUUCAUAAUAAAGUAACAAAUUGAACAAAAGUUAUAAGGGUUGAUCGGAUUAUAUCUCACCAAUACUGAAUCAUUUGCGUAAAAAAAUUAUUAAUUAGUAUGUAGAUAAACCAUUAAAUAUAUAAUAAAAUGUAUGUAUAUUUUUUUUUCCUUUUUAAUAAAAACGAUUUAUUGUAGCAAUAAAAAUAUAUUUACAAAAAUUAUUGUUAAUAAUGUAUACUCAUUAUAUAUAAAAAUUAUUUUUUUCCUUCUAUCAUUAUUAUGUGGUAACCAAAUUUUGUUUUAACUGGAGGAUCAGUGUACACUGGAUUGGCUAGAGUAGAUACAGGUAAAGCGAAAGCUGCAUCUUGAAAUGGGCCAACCAUCGAUCCUCUAGUCAUCCAUCCAAGAUCUCCCUAUAUUUUAAAUUAUUUAAUUAUAACAAUAAAGUUUAAAAUUUUAAAAAAUUAUCAACAGUUUGAGAUAAUGAAAUUGUACAUACUCCUGAACGAGCCUUAUCUUCACUGUAAGUAGCAGCUAUUUCAUUAAAUUUUUGUCCAGCUUUUAAUUUUUCCAAAGCUUCGAUAAUUUUUGAUUGCUUUUCACACAAAAUAUGUCUAACCUUGUUUUAAAAUUUUUUUAUUUUAAUUAUUACUAAUAUAUUUAUUUAUUAUUAUUAUUAUUUUUAUUGUCAUUACCUUUACAGAGGUGCCUCCUUUUUUUUCACUUUUUCCUUUAUCGCUUUCAUCAUUAUUUUUUGUUGACUUUCCUGAUUUUGAUCCACUUGUUUUUUUUGGCGGCAUUAUUAUUAUUAUCUCUAUUUACCUUAGUUUGAUUUUAUUAUCGUUUAAUGUAUCUAUAAAUUUAUAUUGGAAUGCUGUAUUUGAGGUUAUCAACAUAAAAAAAAAAAAAAACACUUGAAAUACAUCAACUGGAAUCCGUACGGUGGUUUUUUUUUAUCAUCAGUUGUUGUGUAUUUAACUACAGUCUAGGUAUGGUAUAGUUCGGGUUUCAUAAAUCAAUGUUACCAACAGUUUUUUCCUGGUAAGUGAAAAAAUAAUAAAGUUUCUAUUGAAAAAAUUUUAGUGGUUAAUCAUCAGCCGUAUAAGCUGAUCUAUUUUACAUUUUAACAACAAAUAAAUUUUAAUUUAAAAAAGUUGAAGUAUUUGCAUUUGAGCAUCAUUGCAUCCAUUGUACAUAUUUAUCACACAUCACGGAGAAGCAUCCGCAGCGCCAUCGAACCAGCGCAUAGCCGCAUAGCGCAGCAAUCAGUAAUCAUAUAUUCAUAUAUAUAAUCAGUUUUGAUACUUCAAUAAGUCUGCGUCAGUUUCAACAAAAUAAAAAACCAAGUAUUUAUUGUUGAUAAAAAAAGAAUUUUAAUUAAAAAUAAUGUCAUCAGUACUAGUACCAGAAAUUCCAGCUCCAGGAUUUUCUUUUGAUUUAUGCAAAAG